AUGCUCAGCACAUUGAGCUUUCUGAUCUACGGGGAAGCCAAAGAACAACAAAAUAGACGCCUGGAAGAGCUGGAAUGUCUGUAUUUGGUGAACAAGAACCAACCAAUCAGAGACUCGAAUGGAAAUCCUGUAUGUUUUCAAAAAAUCUAUUUAAGUUUAUGAAUAUAUAUAAACUACGUUAUUUGUUUUCAGUUUACUGCUGAAUACCUGAGAACCGACUUGGAAAAACGGCUGGUUGAGCUGGAUUUGGAGGCAUUUGAACCUGUCGUAUCGGAUGUUCUGGGUAAGAUUAAAUGCAGAUAAAUUAAGAGAUUUUCAACUUUCAGAGAAGUUAAAUGCAAACGAUGACGCUCUUUAUUAUUUCGUUCUUGUGAGUACAUUUCGAUUACCAAAUGAGAGCUUCGCAGCAAGUUUGAAGGAAUUCACUUUGAAUCAAAACCUGGUGAGAUUCUAUUGGAUUUCCAUUAAAUGAUAAUCGAACUUCAGAUGAUUCGCAUUGAUGGUCAGUACAAGCACAGGCUCUACUCCGAGCCGAUCGUGCAAAACAAUGUGCCACAUCUCGUGUGGGACAUCAGUCCUGUUCUGAAAAAGCUGAAAAUUGCUGAAAAGGACAAACCGGAGCCUCGUGAGUCCUUUUCUUUAUUACCAACUGUUUUCGUUUAUAGCGAACAAUCUCCUAAACAUCAGACCGGUCGAUGAAUGGGGACUUCUUUCACAAGAGUUUCGAACGAUUCUGAAGUGCGAGGAACUGCGUCUGUGUGCCAGAGAAGGCCAGCCCGUCGAGUUCUUUCAUCUCCACUCGUCCGCUUUUUUCCGUUACCUUCUUGACAUGCACCGAGGGAUCAGUUCUGAUCUACUGCAGCUCGACGGCGUCGGUCACUUCUAUCAAUCAAGACCGUGUCGAGUGGAGGAAUGGAAUCUGACGAUGACGCGGAUGAUCCUUCAGAAGCACGUCUAUCUAGCAAAUCAAGUAUCAGACGUCGUACAGAAACUGAAAAAGCGAUUUGUGUCCGGAACGGAAAACUCGAUUCGGCUGAUGAUGCAAAAGUAUUUGGUCGACGAGCAACAACUGUUCGCUGAGUAUUUCGAGUGGCUUCUCCGGACGAACUCAGAAGAGUAUCAGUUCCGAUUCACGGCAAUCAUCAAGUAAUCCAUUUUGAUAAUCACAUUUCUCAACCUGAUUUCAGUGCUCUUCCUGAACUAAAAGUCCGAGACCCUUCAUCAAAUCGCUUUGAAAUCUGUGAUGACCUGUACGAAAUCGUCAGUGCUUACUACCACGUUCUUCGGGAAAUGAACGAAGUUAUUGGGAACAUUAACAACUACAGUGUGUGUGACACUUUUCAGUCAUACUAAACAACGAGUUGUCCUUUCAGCCGAUCCGUCUCAAUGAAAUGUCAUUCAUCGGUUCCCAAUCCGCUCCUCAAAUGUAUUCCCGACUCAUGUGGCGACGGCUCAACGUGGCACUCACGCGCUUUAUCGUCAAGUUUGUGAAUAACAGUAAUCCAAGUAUUCUAAACGACUUUCCUUCCAGCAAACUGGCCGAAAUGCUCACUUCGCCAGACGCCGAGCUCAUGGAGCUGCUGACUGAUGCCGGUGAUGCUAAGCUCAUAAAUAAUCCGUCGAUUUGGCAACGCCUGAAUCCGCUUCAAAUGGAGUCAUCGCAGUGCAUCGACGAGCAGCUGGCCAACCGAGUCGUCGACCUGAUCAUCGGAUAUCAGUUUUUCGUCAAUGAUAAAAAGAGCAAGAGCCAGAAGAUGGACGGGAGCACAUUCGCAAAAUCGGAUAUUCAGGACGCGGAAGAAUUGGAACUCUUCUCGAAGACUCCUGAAUUCCAGAAGACCAUCGAUGAGAUUGUGAACAAAUUGGACGUGAAUGCGUUAACCGACAGUCUAGACGAGCUGAGCACGUGCAUCGAGAAACUGCUCACGAUGAUUCCGACGACGUCGCUUGUAGAGAAGUACUCGCAAGUCGUGCUCAGGAAAUCUGUACACUUCUUCGAAUUCCUCAAACAGUUCUUCACUUCGGCAUACAUCCACCUUCAAAGUCUCAUCAGAAGUCAAUCGAAAUUGGAUCCUUUUGAAAGAGAAAAGAUGCACAGACAAGGAUUCGAUGCGGACUUUCUGAAGACGAUCGGAUACGACAUGAAAAGUACAAUGGAGGACUCGAAGCUGACCGUGACACCUCCAGAACCUCUCAACGUCUUUGUGUCGCCUGGCGUGACGGACAUUUAUUCGCAAGUGUUCUCAGUGCUCAACAUGCUUCAUACCGCCCUUGAAGCAGUCAUUGAGACGCACAAUUCGGACACAUUAGCCCGCGAGCCACGUCUUCGCUACGCAUUCUUUCACAUGAACACGACGGUGUUUGCGAUUCGGAAGAACAUGCUCAGUUUGAUAGAAGAUGCCUAUGAAACAUUUAUGGUAAGGGGCAGAUUGCAACAAUAUUAAAAACAAAACAAGUAACGUUUUUCAGAAGACUGUAAAUUUCAAGAAAUCUUCUGAAGACAGAAGUGCGCACGAACUGCUCAACGUCUGUUAUCAGGCUCACAGACGGUUCUCGAAGGAGGUGGCGAAUGCGUUGAUGCUGAAGUUGCGAAGGGGAACGACCGGAAGAGUCAUCAGAUUGGUGAGGGAUCGAAUUCACGGGAAAGCAUACUUGAACUUCUGAUUCAGAUGGUGGCCAGCGUCGUGCAGGCAUCGCGGGCGUGCGUUGGUGGGGACGCCGUCGGAGCAGACAAACAGUACCAGCAGUUCCAAGCGAAUCUGCUCAUCUUUCUAGAUCGUGAGUCACAUAUUUCGUUGCCCUCAAACGUCAAUUCCGCUUAAGAAUGCCGAAUGGACCACGUGCGGUACGCUCUCUACAGAAGUCUGGAGAUUGGCGGAGACGAGACCGACGGCCGCAAAUCGACGCAUUCUUCGUUUUCUGACGAUCUCAGCUGCCGAUCCUAUUGAUGUAAAUGAAUAUAAAACUGACUCCUCCGAAUCAUUUCACUACGGGCUUCGUGUCACUUUUCACUUUCACUGCGAGUACUCAUCGAAACGCAUAAUAAAGCCAUCCGAUCUUUGGAACCGCCUAUUCCAUCGUUUUCUAUUUUUGACUGGUCCUUUCAUACCAAUUCAAGUAUCUCCAUAUUAUACUUGCACUUUGAGACUUUGUCGAAACUAUUCCCCUUUCCAGAUCAGAAUGGACAACUACGUUCCGUCAGACGAGACGGUCGAAGAGCCGUCGAAUCCAUUUCCCGCUCCCUACAACACCGACGACGCGAAAGUGAUGUUGGUGAGCAAGUCAAGCAAGUUCGCAAAGAUCAACGGACACGUCCGCGAGUAUUUCGCCGAACAUCCGGAUCGGAAUCGGUUCGUCGUGUUCAAGUCGACGAACGGAGCCACCGAAAAGGCGAUUUCGUGCGUGGAAGUGCUCAAACAACAGUUCGAAGUGAGCGUUUCGACGGAAUCGACAUAAAAGGACUGUUUCAGGAUUCAUUGUACCAGUGGACACGUGUCGUUUAUGCGAAAAGGAUCGCUCUGUGGAAAUGUUUACAGGAGGGACCGCGAGAGUGAGUGGGCGGGGCCUAGGUUUCAACUGACAUCUUCCGUUUCAGCAUCCGCGUCACUGUCGAAGUGCCCGUCAUUUUCAUCGUCAUUUCGCGUGAUCCGUUCCCUGGCGAAUACAGUUGCAUGAGGUUCCGUUCCCAUUUUCAAGCUCUCUCAAGUUCUACCUUUUCCAGUAUGCAAUGCUCUUCCGACAAGGAAAUCGCAUUCCUGCCGGCUGAUCGUUCUCGACAUUCUCCUGGCAAAUCGGAGAAGAAAAAGGAUCGGAAGGGGAAUCGGAAGACGGGCGAGGGAAAUAAGUGGACAAAGCCGAGUGCGGAGCAACGAAAAAAGGAGAAUAAGGAGAGGGAUCAGUUGCUCCGAGAGCUCGACAACUCGAAAAUUGAAUAG